CAAUUGUUUAAUUUGCACCAAUAGGAUGCAUGCAACAAGUCGCAAGCAACCUGUAGGAAUAAGCCAGCCACAUACACACUGACACUGACAUGCACACUCAUUUCCCUGCAUAUCUGUACUAAUUGUACAGGAGCUCCUCAACCCAACCACCACCACCACCACCUCCCUUCCCCAUGGAUCUAUCUACACUCCACUCCAGAGCAUAUAUAAGCAAGGUAGCUCAUUAAUUUCGAUUCCCUUCGUUCCCUGGGUACAUAGAUAGAUAGAUCUGAACAUAUCAAACAAUUUUCCGCCGCUCGCUUUCAGCCGAAAACAACCAUGGCUGCUGCUGUCAAGCAGAAGCAGGCCGCCUCCGUGGCGCUAGUCUUCCUCCUCGCCGUGUUGGUCGCGCCGCCUCCGGCCGCCGUGGUAGCGGCGGACGGCGACGGCACGACGCACCUGAGCUUCUUCAUGCACGACAUCGUGUCGGGCAGCGACCCGACUAGGGUGCAGGUGAUCAAGGGCCCCGGGUCGGCAGUGACGGCCCCGGCGCUGGGCAUGUCCUUCGGCGACACGGCCGUGAUGGACGACGCGCUGACGGAGACCUCGUCGCCGGGCUCGGCGGCGCUGGGGCGGAUGCAGGGCAUCUACAUGCUGUCGUCGCAGUCGGGCGCGGCGCUGAUGGUGUGCGCCAACCUGGUGCUGACCUCGGGCGACCACAACGGCAGCACCAUCGCCGUGCUGGGGCGCGACGACACGGCCGCCGACGUGCGGGAGCUCGCCGUCGUGGGCGGCACCGGCAAGUACAGGAUGGCCAACGGGUACGUGCUGUGGAAGACGACCAGCAUGAAGGGCGCCGACGCCACCACCCAGCUCGACGUCUACCUCACCACCGGCAACGCCACCACCAUCGACGCUGGCGGCGGCGGCGGGUCCUCUGGGUCCAAGUCGAGCUCGGGUGCUGGCGCGAGGAGGGCCGGCGGCGGGUGGGUGAGGGCGUGCGCCGUCGCCGUGGUGGUUGCGGUGGUUGGAUCGUCCUGGGGUUGGUGAGCAGCGGAUGGAUUGACAACGGACGAGUGGUGGACAUUGCUUUGCUUGCGUUGCGUUAGUGGGUGAGUGUGUGGAAGGAAAGUUGGGUGAGAUGUCCGUCAGUGCAGUGGGGGUUGGUCGAGGAGCGAGACGCUUGUGGCCACCUGCCUGCAUGUGCUUUGCACGCUGCUGGCAUCAUGGCCUGCCUGCCUAGCUCAUUUCUUUUCCCCUACCCCCUUGCUAUACUAGCCCACCACGAUGCACGCAUGUGGAUUCUUCUUGCUUUCUACUGAUCGAUGAGGCAUUCUUUCUUUGCUUGUGA